GAAUAUUUUUAUACGUAAUUGUGAAAACAAUCGCUGUCACUGAUAUGAGUCCGAUUGAUAAAAGUUCAUUACCUUUCGCAAUAAUAAUUAUAUAUAUGUAUGUAUGUAUAAACUAACGUAUGUAUGUGGCCAAUGAAAUGGUAGAGUUUAAAAUAUUUUGGUUUUCUGUUUAUAUAAAAAAAUUGAGCUGAUGCCAGGUUUAUAACUAGAUUGAUAUUCUUGCUUUCAUUUGACAAAAAACAAAGCAAGCAGACAAAAUAAUUUAUGAAUGAACACGCUCUAAUAGAAAAUUGUAGUAUAAAAUAAAGGUAGAUAUAGAGGAAAUUCUCGAAGGAAAUGAGACCUUACUGACCUCCAUCACGACAAUUAGAUUACUUUAGUUUGAAAAUGACAAAAACAAUAGGCUUUAUAUAGAAACAACGCAAAAUAGCACAUCCUAAAAUGUCAAAGUGGAUAAAGGUGAAAUCGUGAUAAAAACAAAGGUUUUGUUUAAUUCAUGUAAUAAAGUUAGGAAUAUUCUCAGUAAAAAAAUCAAACAAGUUAUUUCACUUUCAUUUAUAAUAUAUAUAUAUGUAUACCUAUCCAUAAUUAAUAUAGAAAUUCAUUUAAACAGAACGCAAGGCUUAUGUUUAGGAAUGAAGUCCAUUUUUUGUUCUUGUUUAUUUUGUUGUAAUGUUAAUUUUCCAGAUUUGGUAAGAUGAUAAAGAGGGAAGCUUUAGAGUGUGCAUUGUUUUGUUUGCAAAUGUCGGGACAAGAUCCCUACAAACUACAAACUCUUUUUUCCAAGUUUGUUAAUGGCAUAUGGUUAAUUUUUAUAAUAAUUUUUACUCCCUGCAUUGUCACUGAGAUUUUUGCUGGAUCGGAUGAACUAACAAACAUUGCCGAUGCCGCUUCAAAUAUAUUUAUCUAUGUGGCCGCAAUUUACAAAGUUUGGAACCUUCUCAGGGGACGUCAAAUAAUCAUUGAACUCGUAACACAACUGGACGACUUUUGGACAUCAGACGUUUUUGAUCGAGAUUGGAAACGGAAUUUUGAAAUUUCCACAGAUAGGAAAGUAGUAAAAGUUUGUAAGCUAGUGGGUGGAUUGUACAUAUCUUGUGGAGUCUAUUACGCUGUUCGACCUUUGUUUCUGCAAAGAAAAGUAUGGCCAGUCUCAGUUUAUGUAAUUCCAGCAAUUAAUAACAUUUCCGGGUCUUACUGUAUUAUGUAUAUGGUCGAAACGGUACUAAUCCUUCUGAUUGCUUUUAAUAUGACAGGACAUGAUUCUCUCAUUUUUACACUUGUUUAUUACGCUGUGCUUGAGUUGAGAGCAUUGCAAAAAGCAUUGAAAGAUCUGAUUGCUCACGAAGACAAUGAAGACGAACUUUUGAGAAAAUUAAAAAUUUAUGUAAAAUGUCACGACAAACUUCACAAGUAUAUUGAAAAAGUGAAUGAAUUAUUUUCAUUAUUUUUCUUGUACCAGUUUUUCUUCACCACUAUAGGUAUAUGCAUAGCCAUUUUUAUAAUGAGUAUAAGCAUUUCAACAUUUCACUACGACGAUGUGUUUAAAUUUGUUCUUCAAACUAUGUGCGUUUAUGUUCAAAUGACAUUGUAUUGCAAGGGUGGAUCAGAUUUAGCCUACGAGAGUGAAGCUUUGGGACAAGCUAUCUAUGAAUCAGAUUGGACUUCUGCUUGUCAACCGAAAGUACGAAAAAUGAUGAUUACUAUAAUUCACAGAAGCCAAAAAACAGCAAGACUUAAUGCAGGCGGCUUAUUCGACAUGAAUUUGAAUAGUCUGACAUCGGCAGCGAAAGCUACAUUUUCUUAUUUUACUUUGCUGAGAACAUUGUAUACAAAACAUAAUUUAUAUAAAUAGGAUAAAUCAUUUUCGUGGCUGAAGCCUUUGCUUUUUUUUAUACGUAUAUAAAUAAAUGAUUUGUAUUUGUACCCUUGAUGUAUGAAUAGGUAUUUUAGAUUUUUUGUACGUAGAUAAAACAUAUAGAGCAACACAAUCUAAAAUAUAUGUAUAUGUUUGUUAAUAAAAUUGUAAUAGCAAUAUUAACAUAAAUAAAUUAUUAUCCAUGCUAGUCUUGUUUUAAGCCUUUAGCUUAUUAAUUUCAAAAACAGUCAUUCGCAAAUACAUUAAGGAACAUUGGUUUGGUUGAAGUAAAUAAAAUAAAGGAUUAAAUUAAUCCCUUUCCAAUUUCUUACGAAUUGGUUCAGACAUUAAAUAGGAAAAAGACAUGCGAUUGGUUACUGUUUACUAUAUUAUAGCAGCAUAAAAUAUGAGGAGGUGUAAAAGUAUAUACAAUUGGAAACCGACAUAGAUACCUAUUACUUUAAGAAUAGCGCAAAUUAAAAGGCAACAUCACAAAGGAUGUUGUGCUAUAGGAACACCCUUUUCGUUUUAUCCUUGAAUGCGUUCCUUUCUUUUCUGUUCCGCUUUGUAAUCGACUUGAGAACCAUUUAAUUUGAAAACGAUUGGUUAUGCAAAUUGCAGAGCUAUCUAAAGGGAAGGGAAAAUCAAGAGUACGUAUACAAAUAACCUUAGGGAUGAAGUCAGUUUCUUUUAGUGCCUGUUCACUUUAUUGUAUCGUUGAUUUUCCAGAUUUGAGAACAUGAUAAAGAGGAAAGCUUUAGGUUACGCACUCCUAUGUUUAGAAAUAUCUGGGCAAAAUCCCUACAAAAUAGAGACUUCUUAUGCCAAGUUCAUGAACUUUCUGUGGAUGUUUUUGACGGUAAUAUUUACCCCUUGUAUAAUUAUUGAAGUUUUCGCCGGAUCGGAUGAAAUAACAUUGAUUGCUGAUGCCGCUUCUAACAUAUUUAUUUUUUAUAUUGUAAGUAAAUGUAAAAAAAAGAAAAUAACAUAUAUGUAUAUAGUUAAAGGCCGUUAUGUUUCGAUAUGAUAUAUGUAUAAAAAUGACCCUAAUGGGUCCAUUUAUGGAAUUGAAAAACAGGUCAAAAUGCAUAAUAAUUUGUGCAAUUGAAAUUUUUGCAGUUGCACUGCCAUUUUUUGAAAUAUAUAUUUUUUUAGGCAAUUUAUAAAGUUGUGAACCUUCUCAGAAGUCGUCAAAUAAUUAUUAAUCUUGUAAAACAACUAGACGACUUUUGGACAUUAGACGUUUUUGAUCGAAACUGGAAACGCAAUUAUGAAAUUACGUCAGAUCAAAAAAUGGAAAAAGUUUGUAAACUACUGCGUUUACUGUACGGAGCUUGUGGCUGUUACUAUAUCCUUCGACCUAUAAUUUUACAAAGGAAGAUAUUUCCAGUCCCAAUUUAUAUUAUUUCAGCAAUUGAUAACAUUUCCUGGUCUUAUUAUUUAAUUUAUGUGCUGGAAUCAAUAUUAAUCAUUAUGAUUGUCUUUAAUAUGGCAGGACAUGAUUCUCUUAUUUUCUCUCUUGUUUACUACACUGUGCUUGAAUUGGAAGCAUUGGAAAAGGCAUUCAAAGAUUUGGUUGCCGAAGAAAACAAUGAAGACGAAGUUUUGAGGAAAUUAAAAAAUUACGUAGAAUAUCACAACAAAAUUCUCAAGUAAUCCUUUUAUAAAUGUUAAGUACAUGUUUACAUUUUAUAGAAGAAUUUCUCUUGAAAUCGCCACGAUUUCACUCAAGUUAAAGAACUAAUUUUCUUCUUGUUGUGUAUAUUUUUACAGGAUUGUUGUUCUCUAGUACAUUUUUUGCUACAAUCCAAUAAAUUUUAGGUUCAUCGAAGGACUUAACAAAGUAUUUUCGUCAUUUUUCUUGUGCCAGUUCCUUUUCACCACGUUGGGGAUUUGUAUAUCUCUUUUUAUCAUAAGCAUUAACUUGUAAGUGCGUACAGUUUAGUGUAAAUGUAAAGUUAACGUAUUCUCAACGAAGGGAAUACUAUUUUUUUUAUAACUACCUGUAAUUAACCAUUUAUACUUAAAAAUAACUAAAUAGUUCUCAUGUUUAUGUUAAUGUACUCAUAUAUUUUCCAGGUCACCGUUUCGUUACGAUAACGUAUUAAAAUUUGGUCUUCAAAGUAUAAGCAUUUAUUUCCAAAUGACAUUGUACUGUAAGGGUGGAACAGAUUUUACUCACAAGGUGAUUGUUAAGACAUUAUACCUGCGGGCUUCCCCGAAUCCUUCUAAUUGCCGCCUUCGUUGUAUUCGCAGUGCAUCUGCCUUGUAUUCUUGAAAUUUGGUUUUUCCCUAAAUUAUAACACUAUUGUGUACCAUCCAGCUACGAACCUUUUGGUGUACGUGACUAGUGUCGUUGGGAGUAGUGACCCGGGAAAAAUUCCAUAAAGAGAAAUAACACAAGUGGGAGAAAUAGGUUGAGAUAAAAAAAGGACAGAACAGUUCAGAAAAGACAGUAUUAGCACAUCCAUCAAAGCAAUCGCUUCAAAAUUCAAUUCAUUUUUGUAAUCUUAAGUUUAAGUGUGUAUGUAUAGGGUUAAUAAACGUAUUUAAUGAUA